AUGGCGCCGGCUAAGCAGCAGUCCAUCCUCUCUUUCCUCUCCAAAGCCCCGAAGUGCAGCGCUGCUGACAGCGAGCAGAAGCCCCACCCCAAGAGACCCUUGCCGAGGGUAGGGCAGCAGCAGCAGCAGCAGCAGCAGCAGCAGCAGCAGCAGCAUGAUGAGGGCUCUAAAGUGAAGAAGCUAAAGGUGGACAAAGCCGAAGAAGAACGGCUGACCAAAAGAGAUGAUCAGGAACAGCAGCAGCAGCAGCAGCAGCAGCAGCAGCAGCAGAGUGGCGAGCAAGUUUCCCUCUUCUCAGAGGGAGAAGGCGAAUCAGAUAAGCCUGCAGCAGCAGAUUCAGCAACAGCAGCAGAUGCAGCAGCAGCAGCAGAUGCAGCAACAGCAGCAGCAACAGAAGCACCCCAACGCUCACGGGCCUCCCAGCCUUCGUCUGGCGCUGCAGCAGCAGCAAAAAAGAUAAGCCCAGCAGCAGCAACAACAGAAGCUGCUGCAGCAGAGAAGCAACAGGAAGGCGCGGAUUCUAUCUCGGUCGCGGCUUCCAGCGCAAAAGGCCGACGGGCUUUGGCGAAGCUAGACAGCAGCAGCAGCAGCAGCAGCAGCAGCAGCAGCAGCAGCAGCAGCAAGACAGGGUCUUUGUUUGCAUGCCGAGUCACGACUCCAACAGCAGAUAUUUCUUCGCCUUUCUUUGACCCCGCUUUAUUUGAUUUUAAAUCCAACAGCGACAGCGAGGGAAACCUCUAUUUUUCGGUGUUGGCGGAUGCUUUGAGUCGGAUUGAAACCCUAAAGAACGGAGGACCCGGCAGCAACAAAAGACAGACCCUCAUUCUAACAAAUGUCUUCAGAAUCCUCGUCUACUUCUCACCCAAAGGUUUAUUAUCUGCUGUUUAUUUUUGUUUAAAUCGGCUGGGCCCUGACUUUCUUGCUAAAGAAGUCGGCGUAGGAGAUGCGAUUAUAAUGCAAGCUAUGAAAGAGACAUACGGUGUAAAUGAAAAUAAUAUUAAAAAGGAGUUGCGGAGUGCGUCUGACUUGGGCUUGGCGUUAGCAUUUGCGUUUUGUUUAACUCACAACGCGCGCGGGGGUUUUGCUGCAAUUGGAGAUGUUCGUACAUUUAAUGGUUCAGAAGAGCAUUAUUUUGCUGCUGAUAUACCUGCUGAAGUGCAGCAGCAGCAGCGGGAAGCAGCAGCAGCAGCAGCAGCAGCAGCAGCAGCAGCAGGGGGUAAGAAACCUUCACUGCUUCCUUCUACUUGGGGUGUACAUGCAUUAGAAUCUUUUCUAUCGAGUUCCGAAGCUGCUUUGAGAACAGCUUUAUGCGAGUUGCCCUUCAUGGAGUUGCUGCUGCAGCAGCUGCAGCAAGGAGCAGCAGCAGCAGGACUGCAGCAGCUCUGUACAUGCAAACCAGGGGUGCCUCUGCUGCCUAUGUUAGCAAGACCUACUCGAGGUUUUGCUGAGGUGUGUGUACACCUCAAAGACAAUGAAUAUACUUGUGAAUAUAAGUACGACGGGGAGAGGAUACAGAUACAUGUCUUACCGAAGCAGCAGUAUCUGCUGCUGCAGCAGCUGUUCCACAGUACCAGCAGCAGCAGCAGCAGCAGCAGCAACAGCAGCAGCAGCACAACCACCACCACCAGCAGCAGCAACGGGAAACCCAAGCAGCAGCAAAAACAGCAGCAGCAACAACUGCUCUUUGGAGGGAAAGAUCUCACGCUGCAGACAAAAAAAGCAACAGCAGCAACACCAGCAGCAGCAGCAACACCAGCAGCAGCAACACCUGCAGCAGCAGCAACACCAGCAGCAACAACACCUGCAGCAGCAGCAACACCAGCAGAAGCGACACCAGAACCAGCAGCAGCAACAACAGCAACAACAGCAACACCAGCAGCAACACCAGCAGCAGCAACAGCAACACCAGCAGCAGCAGCAGCAUCACCCUUAGCAGAAGCAGCAGCAGCAGCAGCAUCACCCGCAUCAUCAUCAGCAGCAGCAGCAGCAGAAGCAGGAACAGCAGCAGCAGGAGGAGGAGGACUAAGAGAGGAUUUGGUGGUGCGUUUGUUUAGUCGGAGUCAAGAAGAUAUAACGGAGAGGUUCCCUGAUGAGCCUGACGUGUGGCUGGAGGCUAGCGAGGUCUGGGAGUGCUUAGCAGCAGAUUUGUCGCUGUCUCCUGUGCAUACAGCUGCGCGAUAUAUUUCUAAAGAAGGAAAGACACCCGAGCAAACGACAGCAGCAGCAGACCUCUGGGGUUUAUAUACAUCACAGUUCAAAAACAGCAACAGCAGCAGCAGCAGCAGCAGCAAUGAUGACAAUAGCAGCAGCAGCAGCAGCAGCAGCAAUGAUGACAAUAGCAGCAGCAGCAGCAGCAGCAGCAGCAAUGACGACAAUAGCUGCAGCAGCAGCAGCAGCAGCAAUGACAAUAGCAGCAGCAGCAGCAGUAACGACAAUAGCAGCGGUAGCAGUAGUAAUAAUGACAAUAACAGUAGCAGCAGCAGCAGCAGCAGCAGCGGUAUAGAGAAGGUGGAAGAAAAAGAGGAGGCAGCAUCAAGCAGCAGCAGCACAGCAGCAGCAGCAGCAGCAGCAGCAGCAGCAGCAGCAAAUGAAGAAAACCAGCAGCAAACCCCUCCAAACGGAGAGCAGCAGCAAACAGCAGAGGGUUCAGGCGACCCUCUUAUAGCUGACAGCUGCAAGUUGCAGCACCAGCAGCAGCACCACCAGCAACACCAGAAGCAGCAGCAGCAACAGCAGCAGCAGCAACAGCAGCAGCAGUAG